GGCGGGCAAUAAAAAUACACAAAAAAACUGGAGUUAAAAGUUAAACACUUGUAGCGGUGGGCGGUAGCAAGCGGAGUUUAGGUCUGCGGUCAGUAUUCCCGCCCAAACUCAUCACACUGUAAUUCUAGGGUUUUGCCCAAGAAGAAGAACAAGUAUGACCAAGAAAUUAGUUCAACUUGAAGAAGAAAUUGAAGGAAAUAUCGUAGAGACAAACGACUACUUAUUUGAUAAGAUCGGCGAGGCCGUUCCAAUCACGACUGAUGAUUUCAGCUUCGAUCCCCAAAGCAGUCCCUCCCGGCCACUCGCCUUAUCGGAGAAACACGGCCUCGUCUUCGUCGCUCAUUCUUCCGGGUUUUUCGUUGCGAGGACCAGAGAUGUUAUGGCUUCCGCCGCCGAGAUUAAGGAAAAGGGAAGAAGCGCUCCUUCUGCUUCUUCUGUACAGCAACUGAGUGUUGUGGACGUUACCCUUGCCAAUCUUCACAUUCUCGCACUCUCUACCGAUAAUUCUACUCUUGCAGCUACUGCAGAUGCCGAUAUUCGCUUCUUCUCCGUCGGUUCUUUCCUGGAUAAGGAUCUAGAACCAUCUUAUUCUUGCUCACUCAAUGAAUCCAGCUCUGUCAAGGAUAUGCAGUGGACAAAAAAAUCUGAAAAUAUGUAUGUGGUUCUUUCAAACCUUGGAAAGCUACAUCAUGGAACGAUUGGUGGCCCUCUGAAGGAUAUAAUGGACAACGUUGAUGCAGUUGAAUGGAGUCCAAAAGGAAAAUUAAUUGCUGUGGCAAGGAAGGAUACUCUCAACAUUUUAUCAUCUAACUUCGUUGAGAAGUCAUCUAUGCUACUUUCGUUCAAGUCCUGGAUCAAUGAUCCUGAUACAAACUGCAUCGUAAAAGUGGAUACUAUCAGGUGGGUUCGCUAUGAUAGCAUCAUUCUAGGAUGCUUUCAACUGAAUGCAGAUGGGAAUGAAGAAAAUUACCUCGUACAAGUAAUACAAAUCAAAGAUGGCAAGUUUUCUAAUGAUUCCUGCAAGCCAGUUGUUAUAUCUUUCUAUGAUAUGUUUUCAUGUCUUAUUGAUGAUAUUUUGCCGUCUGGAAGCGGACCAUACUUAUUAUUGAGCUAUCUGGAGGAAUGUGAACUUGCAAUAACUGCUAACAGGAAGAAUGCAGAUCAGCAUGUUGUAUAUCUUAGCUGGUCGCUGGGAGAGGAGAGCAAUGAAGCUGUAAUUGUUGAUAUUGUACGAGAUACUUUGAAACCAAGAAUUGAGCUUCAAGAAAAUGGUGAUGAUAAUUUGAUUAUGGGGCUCUGUGUAGACAAAGUUUCAGUAAGCCAGAAAGUUAGUGUCAGACUUGGAAUGGAACAGAGAGAACUCUCACCAUUCUGCAUUCUCAUUUGUCUGACACUAGACGGAAAGCUAGUUAUGUACCAUGUUGCCAGUGUUAGUGAUGUUACAGUUAAGCCUGCUAGUGUUUCUAGCAUUUCUGAUGAGGAAGAGGAUUCUACUGCAUUGGUACCUGUAGCAUGCGAACCAGCUAAAUUGUCUCCCGAGCUGCGGAAGGAACAAUUUGGAAAUCUUGCUGUGGAUGCUCCUUUGGGUAAUAAGAACAUAAAGGAACUUGACAGAAAAGUAGGUCUUGAUGUCCUUACAAAAGAUGACCAGAAGUCUCUCAUUGUAAACGAGACUUCUACGCUUAAGAAAGAAAGUACCGACAGUAACAAGAAAGUGGAGACUUUAACUAGUUCUCAGUCGUUUAAAGGUCAACAAGAACUUGCUUUCUCGAACCCGUACUUAAACAAAAAUGGCAAACAAGUGCAUCUUCCUCCUGUACAGGAAAACAGAGAUAUACAACGUGCAUCUACUGAUUCUUUUUCCCAAGAUGGACGUAGUCUUGUGUUCAGGGACUUGAGCAAGAUAGGAACUGAAGAAAAUGUUGUAUUUGGAACUAGCAGUGUUGAGAUGGGGGUAAAAUCUCUAGGAAAAAUGGAGUCUGCAGAUUUACAAAGGGUUUCAUCUCAGUCCUCGUCAAGUGGAAAUAUCACAACUUCAGCUGGCACUGAUGUGAAAUCUUCAAUUUUGCCUUCAACUUUUAUUGAAGGUAGCAAAUCUGGAACAUUGACUACAUUAAGCUUUUCUGGUAUGCCGAUUGAGAAUAGGGAAAGGAGACCAUCAGCUGCGGCUGGAAAGAUUGCAUCAGUACCUCCCAUUUCUAGCUUCCAAAUGUCAUCACAGGAUAGUUUUUUGAUUGGCAAGUCUUUCAACCACAAGAUUCAUCCAUUGAAGGAAAAUUACAGUGAACUCUCCCAGUCAAGGCUGAACUCUGAACCGAGUUUAUCCAAAAAAUUUGGCAAUUUUCCGGUCAGAUCUUACAAUUAUCUAAAGGACUUAAAAGGACUUUAUAAACAAAGCAAUUUGAGUGAGAUGAAAGAGAUGACCAAGGAGUUGGAUAUGUUCCUACAAUCUAUAGUGGAACCAGGUGGUUUCAGGGAUGCCUGCAUUGUUAAUCAGAAAAGUUCUGUUGAAGAAUUGGAGAGAGAGGUUGGGAUUCUGUCUGAGAGAUGCCGAAUGUGGAAGAGCACUAUGGAUGAACGACUUAAUGAAGUUGAACAUCUUUUUGACAUGACUGUACAAGUACUGGCACGGAAAAUAUACAUGGAGGGGAUUGUGAAACAAGCUUCUGAUAGCCGAUAUUGGGACUUCUGGAGUUGUCAGAAACUGAGUUCAGAACUUGAGCUGAAGAGGCGACAUAUUUCCAAAAUGAAUCAGGAUUUGACUGAUCAGCUAAUUAAGUUGGAAAGGCAUUUUAAUGGCCUUGAGCUUAACAAAUUUGGUGAAGAUGAUGGAGCUCGUGCUGGUCGAAGCACUUUGCAAAGUCGAUUUGGGCAUUCAAGGCACAUUCAGUCCUUGCAUAGUCUACAUAGCACAAUGACUUCACAAUUAGCUGCGGCUGAUCAACUUGCUGAGUGUCUAUCAAAACAAAUGGUGGCACUAAAGAUUGAGUCGCCUUCUGUAAAACAGAAGAAUGUGAAAAAAGAGUUGUUUGAAACUAUAGGGAUCCCUUAUGAUGCUUCUUUCAGUUCCCCUUCCCCAGAUGUGUCAAAGUUUCGUGGUACUCCAAAAGAUAAACUAUCAUUCUCUUUGGGUUCAUCUGCCGCUAAAGAUCAACCCAGGAGAAAUGCGAGCGCCACAAAGAAUUAUGAACCAGAAACUGCAAGGAGGAGGAGAGAUUCACUGGAUAGGAGCUGGGCAAAUUAUGAGCCUACAAAAGCCACCGUGAAAAGGUUGCUUUUGCAAGAAAGUGGAAAGGUAAGUGUAAUUAGGUCAUCAUUAUCAGUUGAUAAGCAGCACAUUAGCUCUCGCCUGCUGGAGGGAUCAGCCGUUGCUCGUCCACGGGAUCACACAGUGCCUGCAACAUUCUUUCAUCCACCUGAAAGCAAAGGCAUUCAGGAUAUACACCCAAAACAGGCUUUGGAAAACCCAGCACCUCCAUUUGUUUUGCCAAAGGAAUUAGUGAGGCAAAAUCUUAUGAGGGAAACUAACAUGACAGCAGAAAAAUCUGGUGAGGGCAUAUCAUCUGUUAAGAAGUCUGAAUCGGUAUCUGCAAAGGAAAAGUCUGUGCCAUCUGACACUCGUCAGAAACCAUCAACUUUUAUGGAACCUACCCAGACAUCCUCAUUGCUUAAGAAACCCAAUGAUAUGCUAAAUUCAUAUACCAAAGAUGGUGCACGUCCAACUGAAUAUAGUGUGAAGGAUAAGCCUUUGAACACAACAGUUCCAUCUCUGGAAUCUGGGAAAAAACAUAAUUCUCCAUUCUCUCCCUCAUUCCCUGUUUCUGUUGCCCCUUCUGCCACAUUCUCAUUGUCGGUUUCAGCAUCCCCAUCUUCAAUAUUUAGUCCCUCAUCAGCUCCUCUAUCGUCUUUAUCAAGUUCCUCAUCAGCUUCUCCAUCCUUAUCCUCUGUGAUGCCUCCCAACAGACCAUUGGGUAACUCCAACACUACAGCAGAUAUGAAUAAACCUGCCUCAACAUCCCCAGUAUCAGCUUUUCCCUCUCCAGUUGUUGUACAGUCUGGUUCUUUCUCAUUGAAUGUUUCAAAAUCAUCGGUGCCCUCAGACAUUUCACCUGCGACAAAGUCAGCAAUGGAAUCUCAAAAAACAGAGAUUGAACCUUUCUCAAAGACUGCGGUGAAUUCUGAUACUACAGCACCAGCAGUGGAAUCUGGACCUUCCCCUGCUGAAACUAAUUUUAAUCUCAAACCUUUGAUAUUGGCUCCCCUUACAGUUGAAGCUUCAACAGCAAUAGCACCUGGAAAUCUGUCCAGUCUCAGCAAUGCUAGUCCUGCGCCAGUAGUGGCACCUGGAAGCCAACCCAGUGUGAAGAAUACAUUAGGUCCUACACUUAAUUUGACUGUAAAUACUCAGCAGGAAACGACGUCUGCUGGACAAUCUCUAUUCCCAUUAGCCCCCUCCAAUUCAGGGAGUGUUGCUAGUAGGACUGUAGAUGUCCAAAAUGCCCAGGAGGAUGACAUGGAUGAAGAGGCUCCUGACACCAGUAGCCCAGCUGGACUUAAUUUAGGAAGCCUUGGUGCAUUUGGGCUUGGCUCUUCCCCUAACCCAACUGCUGUUAAACCCAAUCCAUUUGGUGGAUCAUUUGGUAAUGCAGCAACAAAUAUGACAACUUCGCCUUUCCCCAGGACUAUUCCUAGCGGAGAGUUGUUUCAGCCUGCAUCUCUUAACUUUCAAUCUCUGCAGCCUUCUCCAUCAUCCCAGCCGGCAAAUCCAGGUGCAUUUGCUUCUGGGUUUGGCACUGGUACUAUUGCCCAAUCUCCCAGUCCGAGUGGGUUUGCCCAGCCAUCCCAGGUUGGACCAGGGCAGCAAGCAUUAGGAUCAGUUCUGGGUGCUUUUGGACAGUCAAGACAGCUUGGUACUGUUCUACCAGGAACUGGUUUUGGAUCACCUGGUGGUUUUGGAGGUGGCGUUGCUAGCAAUAAACCUCCUGGUGGUUUCUCAGGUGCUGCUACCGGAGGAUUUGCUGGUGCUUCUUCUACUGUUGGUGGAUUUGCGGCUGUGGCUUCUGGUGGUGGUGGAUUUGCUGCUUUGGCUUCAGGGGGCGGGGGCUUUGGCGGUGCAGCUUCAGGGGGCGGGGGUUUCGGCGGGGCUGCUUCAGGGGUUGGGGGUUUUGGCGGUGCAGCUUCAGUGGUAGGGGGUUUUGGUGGUGCAGCUUCAGGGGUUGGAGGAUUUGGUGGUGCAGCUGUAGGUGGUUCGGGAUUUGGUGGGGCAGCUCCUGCUGGUGCGGGAUUUGGUGGGGCAGCUCCUGCUGGUAGCGGGUUUGCAGGAACCAAUGCAGCAGGUGGUGGAUUUGGUACAUUCGGCAGCCAGCAAGGAUCUGGUGGUUUCUCUGCUUUUGGUAGUGGAGGAACCGGAAAGCCUCCAGACUUGUUCCAGAUGAGAAAGUAA